AUGACUUCUCAUGGACGUGGCAAUGCCACAGGUUAUAUUCAGAUCUCUGUAAAUUUAGUAUGUUUGAAGUCCGACAAAAUUGAGAACGAGAGACAAAAGUUGAAGGAAACUGUAACUGCCAUACAAGCAAUGCUUAACAGUGAGGGCGGGAAGGUGAAGUUAUACUUUACCAACCCAAAAGAGACGAGUCUUUUAAUAAAUGUUUCAAGGACAAAGAUAAUGAGAAGUUUUACUCGAAAAAUUGAGCAGUAUCUGGUAGGCACCGCAGGGAUUCAAACAACAUCAGCCAACAUCAAUCUUAAACAGUACAUUAACAAGAUAAUAGUUGAAGUUAAGAGAGCCGAUGUUAUGAUUAUACAGAGCUACAAUCUCUUUUUGCCGACCGAAACACAAGUUGUUCUUGUUAGCCCUCUGGAACCGCUACAGCGAAUAAAUGAUGCGAUUUUAAGACGAGAAGUCGUACGAAACGGAACAAAGCUUGAUUCUCAUUGCAAAAGAUUUGUCAAGAGAAAAGACUGUCGUUUACGUGAAGGAAAGUGUGUUCAAGUAAAAAGCCUGAAAUCAACUUCAUCAAAGUGUACCACACUAGCGGACCGUAUGACUGGUAAAGGCAAUAAAUUCAGUCAUUAUGUUUCUGCGUUUGCAAAUUACAAGGGAGGUAAUAUCUACUAUGGUGUCACAGAUGAUGGCGUCGUUGAAGGAGAGUGGAUUCCGAAUGCAGACAGCAUCCCCGAUAUAACAAAGAAAGUUGAAAAGUCCAUGAACAAAAUGGUCUGGCCUCAGCAGAUUGGUAAACCAAAACGUGGGGUACACUGGGAAAUAUUCUUCGAGCCAGUGGGAGAUGAAAACUCCGAGGUUAUCCCAUCAACCUUUGUGAUUGUGAUAUACAUCUCUCCUUGCCUGGGUGGCGUGUUCACUGAGGAACCAGAAUGUUAUGAAAUGGUGGAGGGCAAAGUUAAGAAGAUGCCGUUUCUUACAUUGAAGAAGGCGUUGAAACUUGACGAGGCAGAUCGGAAAGAGGAAAUUCCUGGAACAGUUCAACGGAUUACAUGGAGUUCAGCUGGGACAGAACGACGUUGUACCAAUACUGACACAUACUUAAUGGAGGCUAUUAACAAUGCACAAUGGACACUCUUUUCAAAAGGUGCAGAAUAUGUUGAAGAGACAUUUCCCGAGCAUGUUGAGAUUCAGUUGAUUGUGCUCUCUAAGCGAAUUAUAACAUGGUGCCGACGAAGUUAUUUCGGAAGAGCUAGACAUUUUCUCGACAAGUUUUACCAAACUUUGCCCACAAGUGAAAAAGACACUACGAUUUUUGAAGCAAUUGGUUUGUAUCUGGAGAUUGCCUUACAACGAGCUCAAGGAAAUCUCAACAUGGACAUCCUGGCUGGGGCUUUGUCAAUGGUGGAAUUAAUUCCGCAAGGAAUAAUUUCUGCUUCACUACUCGUUCUUGUGGCAACUUCUUCUACCAUGGGAAAUGAUCAACAACUAAAUCAAGUGUCUCCAAAGGUACUGUGCGAGAAAGCGUUGGAACAUCUACAGAACGUACAGAAACCCAAUGUCGUCAAGACAGACCUUGAAGGAAAAGCGCAUGUCAAUUUGGCUCAGCAACAACUUGGCUGUUCAUUUUCUGGGAAUUCAGUUUCAAAAGAUCUGAAAGACGUGGAUCUAGACAGAGCGAAGUCCAGUAUCACGGUCGUUGAGCAGUCUAUCGCGGACGAAGGUGCUCUCGCUUGUUACCGUGAGAUCCAGUUCAACAACGUACUGUCUAUUCUUAACUACCGACAUUCUCAAGUGCACAAUGAUCAGUCCACUCAUUAUUUAAAGGAAGCUCUUAAUAACUACUGUAGGAAAGCAAAACGAAGAGCCGAAGAUUGCCAGUUUCAAGAAAUGAUAGAAUGGGCUAAAAUGUGCGAAGGCUUAUUUACUGAAGAGCUAGUGCGUGCAUAUUUCAGAAAGAGAGUCGACGCAAACACAUAUUAA